CCUGGAGGGGCGGUCGAGGCUCUACGGGAUGCGGACCGGGCUCGGCUUCUCUUCCCAGCUUUGCGGGGCACAAGACAGAAGAAUCCAGUAGGGCGUUUUCUUCCGCCUGCCUCUUCCGGAAUGAGACCUCAGCGCCAGCGCCAGACGGUCCCUGUUCACCCCCAAGCGAGCCCAAGGAGAGGCAGAAGUCGACAAGAUGCCCGGGAAACUGAAGGUGAAAAUCGUGGCCGGGCGCCAUUUGCCGGUGAUGGACCGUGCUAGUGACCUGACUGAUGCCUUCGUGGAGGUAAAAUUUGGUAACACCACAUUUAAGACAGAUGUGUACCUCAAGUCACUCAACCCCCAGUGGAACUCAGAAUGGUUUAAAUUUGAGGUGGAUGAUGAAGACCUGCAGGACGAACCUCUGCAGAUCACAGUUCUUGACCAUGACACCUACAGUGCCAAUGAUGCCAUUGGGAAGGUGUACAUCGACAUCGACCCUUUACUGUAUAGUGAAGCUGCAACAGUCAUCUCAGGAUGGUUUCCAAUUUAUGACACCAUACAUGGUAUCCGUGGGGAAAUCAAUGUAGUUGUUAAAGUGGAUCUCUUCAAUGAUUUAAAUCGGUUUCGACAGUCAUCGUGUGGAGUCAAAUUCUUUUGCACAACAUCUAUUCCAAAGUGCUAUAGAGCUGUGAUAAUUCAUGGAUUUGUAGAAGAACUUGUGGUGAAUGAAGACCCAGAGUAUCAGUGGAUUGAUCGAAUUCGCACACCAAGGGCCUCAAAUGAGGCAAGACAGAGACUCAUUUCUUUAAUGUCAGGUGAAUUGCAAAGGAAGAUUGGUCUGAAAGUCCUUGAAAUGAGAGGAAAUGCAGUUGUCGGGUACUUGCAGUGUUUUGAUCUGGAGGGCGAGUCUGGGUUAGUGGUACGAGCCAUAGGAACAGCGUGUACUUUGGAUAAAUUAAGUAGCCCGGCGGCAUUCCUUCCUGCAUGUAAUUCCCCAUCCAAAGAAAUGAAGGAGUCUCCGCUGGUUCAUCCUCCAAGCCAUGGAUGCCGCUCGACUCACAACAGCCCAAUUCACACUGCUACUGGCUCACGACUUACUCAGAACUUCUCUGUGUCAGUUCCCACUCUCAUCUAUACUGGAAUGGGAAGUGGUAGUGCUGGAAAAGAAGGGGGGCCGUUUAAAGCCCUGUUGAGACAACAGACUCAGUCCGCCCUGGAGCAGAGGGGAGGAUCGCCCCAUAGGUUCUGUAGAAGGCGGGAGUUUCCGUUUUUCACCCUGACGGCCUUUCCUCCUGGGUUUCUCCUUCACGUUGGAGGUGUUGUCAGCGCACGCUCGGUGAAGCUUUUGGAUCGUAUCCACAAUCCAGCCUUUGUCGGAAUUAUGGGUAACACAAGAUCUUACAAACUACUAGACUGGAAUAGUUUCAAUUCAGAUGAACCAGAAACUCGAGAUGCAUGGUGGGCAGAGAUCAGACAAGAAAUCAAAUCGCAUGCUAAAGCGUUAGGCUGUCAUGCCGUGGUGGGCUACAGUGAAUCCACUAGCAUCUGUGAAGAGGUCUGUAUUUUAUCUGCUUCUGGGACGGCGGCCGUGCUGAACCCCCGCUUUCUGCAGGAGGGCACCGUGGAGGGCUGUUUGGAACAAAGGCUUGAAGAAAAUUUGCCUGUUGGCUGUGGAUUUUGCCAUAUACCAUAUGAUGAACUGAAUAUGCCAUUUCCAGCUCAUCUCACAUAUUGCUAUAACUGCAGGAAACAAAAAGUUCCUGAUGUUCUGUUUACCACUAUAGACCUCCCAACAGAUGCAGCUGUUAUUGGAAAAGGUUGUCUCAUUCAAGCAAGAUUAUGUCGCUUAAAGAAGAAGGCACAGGCCGAAGCGAACGCCACAGCUGUCAGUAAUCUCCUGCCGUUUAUGGAGUAUGAAGUGCACACCCAGCUGAUGAACAAGCUAAAACUCAAAGGAAUGAACGCCUUGUUUGGGCUGAGAAUUCAGAUCACAGUGGGUGAAAAUAUGUUGAUGGGCUUAGCGUCUGCUACAGGUGUGUAUCUGGCAGCUCUCCCCCCACCUGGUGGCAUCCAGAUUGCUGGGAAGACUCCAAAUGAUGGCACCUAUGAGCAGCACGUCUCUCACAUGCAGAAGAAGAUCAAUGACACGAUCGCCAAGAACAAAGAGCUGUAUGAGAUCAGUCCUCCUGAGAUAUCUGAAGAGAUUAUAGGAUCACCCAUCCCAGAACCUAGACAACGCUCAAGACUUUUACGAUCUCAAUCAGAGAGUUCUGAUGAAGUUACAGAAUUAGAUCUUUCACAUGGAAAAAAGGAUGCUUUUGUUUUGGAGAUUGAUGACACGGAUGCCAUGGAGGAUGUACACUCCCUGCUGACAGAUGUCCCCCCGCCCUCAGGCUUUUACAGUUGUAAUACAGAAAUCAUGCCUGGUAUAAAUAAUUGGACAUCUGAAAUACAGAUGUUUACAUCAGUAAGAGUAAUCAGAUUAAGCAGCCUUAACCUGACUAAUCAAGCUCUCAAUAAGAACUUUAAUGAUCUCUGUGAAAAUUUGCUAAAGAGCCUGUAUUUUAAACUGCGGUCUAUGAUCCCCUGUUGCCUUUGCCAUGUAAAUUUUACGGUAUCUCUGCCUGAAGAUGAAUUAAUUCAGGUUACAGUCACAGCAGUUGCGAUAACUUUUGACAAAAACCAGGCAUUACAAACCACAAAAACACAUGCUGAAAAGUCAUUGCAAAGAGCCUCUACGGACAAUGAAGACCUUCUGCAGUUUCCACUGGAGCUCUGUUCAGAUUCACUUCCUUCGCAUCCUUUUCCACCGGCGAAAGAACACCUGGAGAGUGCAAGUUCUAACUCAGGUAUACCAGCUGCACAGAGAGCAACGUCAGUUGAUUACAGUUCCUUUGCAGACAGAUGCAGCAGCUGGAUAGAGCUCAUUAAACUGAAAGCUCAGACCAUAAGGCGCGGAUCAAUUAAGACAACUGUGACAGUUGAAAAAGCGAGUCCAAUGGCAGAAGGAAAUUUCCGGAAUCGCUCUGCCCCACCAUGUGCAAACUCCACAGUUGGGGUUGUUAAGAUGACACCACUUUCCUUCAUUCCUGGAGCAAAAAUAACUAAGUAUCUUGGGAUAAUUAACAUGUUUUUUAUUCGGGAAACCACUUCUCUUCGUGAGGAGGGAGGCGUCAGUGGUUUUCUCCAUGCGUUUAUUGCGGAGGUGUUCGCGAUGGUGAGAGCUCACGUUGCAGCGUUAGGAGGGAAUGCUGUUGUCUCCUACAUAAUGAAGCAGUGUGUUUUCAUGGAGAACCCAAAUAAAAACCAGGCACAGUGUCUUAUAAAUGUAAGUGGGGAUGCAGUGGUUUUUGUUCGUGAAUCUGACUUGGAAGUGAUACCCACUCAGCAGUCCACUGCCAACUGCCAGCCCUUAUGUACCGGAGGAGAAGUUACAACUUGAAGAAAAUUAGAAGGAAUGAGCUGAACUAAGCAAAAUUCAUCUCUCUCCACUGUUCUGUCCUUAGUAUCAACACAUUUUUUUUAAAGUUUGAGUUUAAUUUGAGGUGAUUAAGAAAGAACAGACACUUCACGAAUAGAUGUGAUCUGUCUGGAAUCUCUUGAAGGGCUGAGAAUGUCCUAAUCCUUAGACGGGCUCCAUGGAAUCCUGACCUGGCGCUAAGUAAGGCAGAUUUCUAAGAGAACUAUAACAAAAAUGUCGGAAGUUACUAGUAAUUUAUUCUGAUUUUAAGAAAAUCAUAAUUUAGAAUGUAAAGAUUGCCAGGAAGCAAAAGAAUGAUCCUAGUAUAAUUUGGAAAAAUAAAUCGAAGCCUUGCCAAUUAGUAGAUUGUCUGAUAAGAAGUGUGUGGGAACAGUUGUGAAGAGGUUUCAGAAAUCCACUGUGACUUUGCUGAUGUGUUUUGUUCUGAUGGGGAAUUUUGUAACUGCUGAGGGGAAAGUACACGUGGUGUUGUUGACAAAAAAGCUAAAACUCUGCAGUUAACAUUCCUGAGUACAAUAAGAGAAAGCAGUUUUAUAGAAAGCAAUUUUCAGAGCUGGAGUCCUUUUACUGACUAAGAAGGAGGGAAUGUAUGAUUUCAUACUGGUCACAUCUGAGUUAAUGUUUAAUUUGUCCAGAAGAUGACAGUUGCUUAAACUGCGAAGCAAACGUCAACAAGUUUUCUUGAAGAAAUGAAAAUACAGUAGGAGUGUAAAAUCGUUUUCUAAUAAAAUUAUGUUAAACUCCCAAACGAACAGAAAGCUGGUAAGAAUCUGAGGAUUUUCAGUGGUUAGCUUGUAUUGGCAUAGGACCUGGAGAUAUAACUUGAAUGUAAAUAUCCUGCAAGUUGUUGAAUGUACGCAUAGAAAUGCUUUUUCUGUCAAUGCCAAAUGCCUGUUGUAAAUGAGCUGUAAAAAUGAACAUUCCUCCUUUGCAUAAUAAAAGUAUAAAAAUCAUUUUCUUCCCCCCAGGACAAGUUGUCCUAAAUAUUAAGUCAUUUUCUUGUUAUCACAGGUGUCAAUAUUUUUCUGUAUUUUGUUUAUAAUUUUAUUUUUUAAUAAAAAAUU